AUGGGGUCCAAUUCAAACAAUGCUAUCCUAACGGCCGGGCUUCUUGCCCUGGCCUUGGCAGGUCAAUCUGCCGCCGCUCGUGUGAGCACACCUAACUUGCGACUGGCAGUUGGCCCCAGCUACAAGAACCGUGUCGUUUGUCCAGCGGCCUGUUACCAGUCUGGAGCAGUCUCAGGAAACUGGUCACUCUAUCACAACCUUGCUCAGAUCGGUUCCUGCGACGAGCCAGUUUGGUAUGACUUCACCCUGCUUGAUCCCGUCGACGACCCAGAUCAGCUCCACCGUAUCUAUGCCUGUACCAACUCUGGAAAUGACUGGGCUCUUACCCAAGCCAACAAGACUGCCAGCCCUGGGUCUUCUGCCAACAAGACUACAGUCAGCUAUGAGUAUGGCUACUGGCCUGAUGCGAAUGGCACAUCGGUCGCGGCUGGCUUGACCACUCUCUCCCAGCAAUUGCAACAAUACCUCGGUCAAGGCUUUGCUUCGUCCAACCGAACUACUCUUGCUUUUGCUUCCGCCGGCAGCGCCUCGUUGGGCUUGUACAUCGGAAAGAAUCUGGACAGCAAAGUCAUCGGCACUUCUGCAAUCUCCUACCUGUACAAUGCUACCACAUCAACGAGCUUCAACAACAGCGCUGCGCUGGCCAUGCAGUACUGUGAAAAGAACCUUACUGCUGACAACAUCUUCGGCUUGUUCGUCACUGGCAACAGCUCGUUCGCCGCCGUCCAGGAGGCUCUCUCUUCUUGGUCCAAUGCAACUUGUUUGGAGAUUCCAGAGACGAACAACUAUACUGCUCCGAUCGUGUUCGACACACCGAUGAUCCGUCCUACGAACGCUACCAGCAACUCGACGGGUAAUGCAAACUCGACCAUCAGUGCGAACUCGACCAGCAGUGCUACUAUCGAGCGUCGAGGCGACUGCUCUACCGUUCAAGUCGUAUCUGGGGACAGCUGUGGAAGCUUGGCCCAGAAGUGUGGCAUCUCGGGCGCCGAUUUCACCAAAUACAAUCCCGGCUCGAACUUCUGCGCCAACUUGAAGCCAUAUGAGCACGUCUGCUGUUCCGCCGGUACCUUGCCCAACUUCGCUCCCAAGCCCAACUCCGAUGGUUCUUGCCACUCAUACACCGUGGUGGCCAACGACAACUGUGCAAAUCUUGGUGCCGAAUAUAGCCUCACCAAUGACGAUAUCGAGUCAUUCAACAAGGACACUUGGGCCUGGAACGGCUGCAACCUGCUCUUCGUUGGUACCGUCAUUUGCUUAAGCAAAGGCACUCCACCUAUGCCAGCAGCAUUGUCCAACGCCGUUUGUGGGCCGCAAAAGCCGGGCACCAAGACUCCUCCUGCGGGAACGGACAUCUCCAAGCUUAACCCUUGUCCCCUGAACGCUUGUUGCGACGUCUGGGGGCAAUGUGGGGUCACGGACACUUUCUGUACUAAUAGCUCGACGGGUGCUCCAGGCACAGCCAAGCCUGGGACCAACGGCUGCAUCUCCAACUGCGGUACCAACAUCGUGCGCAGCAGCCCGCCAUCGGAGUAUCGUAACAUCGCCUUCUUUGAGGGAUACAACUUGGGAAGAUCUUGCCUCUACCAGGACGCUUCCCAGAUCGACACAUCGUUCUACUCCCAUGUCUUCUACUCCUUCGGUGUCCUCGAUACGAGCUACAACGUUCAGCUAGGAGACACUGAGAGUGCCUUCGAAUUCAAGCGAUUCCAGGACAUCAGUGGAGCGAAGAAGGUUCUGUCUAUUGGUGGAUGGGCUUUCUCCACCGAUCCAAGCACUUACAUGAUUUUCCGCAACGGUGUCACAGCAGGAAACCGCCAGACAAUGGCUAAUAACAUUGCCAGCUUCGUCAAGUCGAACGGCCUCGACGGCAUCAACAUUGAUUGGGAAUAUCCUGGAGCACCUGAUAUUCCCGGAAUCCCCGCCGCUAGCACCGAUGAUGGCGACAACUACUUGCAAUUUUUGAAGGCUUUGAGAACUCUGCUUCCUGACUCAGAGCUCUCCGUCGCAGCGCCCGCGUCGUACUGGUACCUGAAAGGAUUCCCGAUCAAGGAGAUGAGCGAAGUACUCGACUACGUUAUUUACAUGACGUACGAUUUGCAUGGUCAGUGGGAUGCGAACAACCAGUGGUCACAAGAAGGAUGCCCCUCAGGCUCUUGUCUGCGUAGCGAUGUCAAUCUCACUGAAACCAUCGGUUCUUUGGUCAUGGUGACCAAGGCAGGUGUUCCAUCGAACAAGGUCAUCGUUGGAGUCACUAGCUAUGGCAGAUCAUUCGCCAUGAGUGAGGCUGGAUGCUAUGGUCCGCAGUGCACGUAUCUCGGAAGUGCAGGCGCAUCACAGGCAACCCCUGGAGAGUGCACCAACACCGCCGGAUACAUCUCCAACGCCGAGAUCAAUGCCAUUGUUGCCAACUCCAGUCGUGUACAACAGCACUUCGUCGAUACGUCAAGCCACAGCAACAUCCUUGUCUACGACAAUACUCAGUGGGUGGGAUACAUGGACGACGAUGUCAAAGCCAGCCGCACGAAUACCUACAAGGGACUUGCCAUGGGCGGUGUUACGGACUGGGCUUCGGAUCUGCAGAAGUACAAUGAACCCCCAGCGCGUUCGAAGUCCUGGACCAUGUUCUUGGCACGUGUCAAAGCAGGUCAAGAUCCUUCAGACAUUGGCGGCCGGAACGGCAAUUGGACCAAGAUCUCUUGUGAAUCUCCACUAAUCACCGACGAGAGGCACUACUCCAGCCAGGAUCGUUGGAAUGACUUGGAUUGUGUUGAUGCCUGGAGUGACGGGCUCAACGCAUGGAAGUACGACCAGGCCAACGACAAAUACGACUUCAGUCAAUCCAUGGCAGACACAUAUAACGUUCCAGCCGGCGAAUGCGGUCAAAUUGCAUCAAGCCAAUGCAACUUACAGGAGUGUAAUCAAGACGAUGGGAGUGGGCCUGGUGGUAUGUACUCCAACUACUGGAAGGCGCUGGACGGCGCUGCGGGGACAACAUUCUCUGCCUCCCUUCCAAGCUUCGAGACAACAUUUGCACCAGUUCCACCGCCGAAGGAAACACCUCUGUGGGAAGAAAUCUUGAUUGCUAUUGUCACUCUAGGCGCCUCCCUCAUUGCCGCGCCGUUCUUCAACUCAAUAUUCAAAACCUUACCAGCGUUUGUUGGCAACGGCAACACUCUGGGUGUAUUCAAAGAUACCACUAGUGCGCUCAUCACUUUUGGAAGCAACAUCGCUAAGGACACAGUCACUCCUGGUCAUCAGGACUCGUGGACGCCUGAAGACCAAAACGACUUUUCUGCCUAUUUGGGCCAAGUCGUCCAAGGAUGGAAGGCGGCAACGUCAAACACGCUUAAAGCCAUGUUCAACGGAGACGACGACUCUAUUAAGAUCCUGUCAACUCUUAUCCAGAACGGAAACUUCAUGCCAGGUGAUGGAGGCAAACCGGACCUGACUCCAAACGAUGAGACUAUCGACGAUCUUUCCAACGCAAUCCUCAAAGGGUUCUACGCUUUUGCAAUCCCAUCCGUGUGGACCGCUGCUGGUUAUGCGCCGUUUGUCUUGACAAACAACGAAGCCUGCGAUUACCUGCCGCCGCCUGAUGACUGUGGGCCGUCUAGUGGAUGCACGGGAAGCAGUGACCCAAUCUACAACUACUUGACCAACGAGGGAGCCAUCGCAAACGCUUGUUACGAACCCACGAACACAUUAUACUACCUGGUGUAUCCCCCAGACAGUGGCGACAAGUUUGACGCACUCCAUGGUUCCGAUGCUCUGGCCCAAGAUCAGAACAGGACGACGCCAUGGGGAGGCGUGACGGUCGAGGACCUCAUCUUGGGAUCACUCAACACAUGGGCUCAGAAUGGAAUGCAGAACGGUGGACAAACUGCCGAUCCAUCAAAUUCAGGGACACUGUCAGAUCUCGAGAACAUGGACAUCCAAACGCCCGGCUACGUUCGACUGCCUGUGUGUACGGCCGCCACCGCCAAGGCUGCCUGGUCCAACCCAUCACGAGUCGACAAGACUGAUCCAAACUACCCCUGUGUACCCCUCCAGGGUAUCACGGACUGCGAUUCUUACCGCUACACCGACGCAACGAGUGAUGCAUCCCCUCUGAUCUCAGAUUGCCAGGACAUCAUCAACAACAUUCAGGGCACCGACGGCGAAUGGACGACUACGCUGAGCAGAACCAGGCAGUUGGUCUCGGCAGGCACAUGUGCCCUUUCCGUCGAAGAGGAUACUGGUGACGACAACGGCAACGGUUCUUACAAGGUCGGCGCCCAGGACAUCAUCACCCUGAUCAGCAAUUCGAUCAAGAUGUACGGGUCGAACGGCAAGGUGGGCGCUUCGGGUACCUUCGAGUGCAACGGCAACAUCAAGAAGCAGCCACACUUGAAGUGGUACUUGUACCAUACAUAG